AUGGCAAAACAAGGCGCUCAGAAUGACGUUCCAUCAUUUUCUCAGGACUUCGUGGACAGGAAAAUAUACUCCAAAUCUGCAGCUGUCAUGCGAAGUGAAGGAAAGGAUAGAGGUAACGUUCUUUACUCUCGUAGCCAAGAUUCAAGAAGUUCGAACACCUUUAAGUUACCACCAGGUGGAGCAGCUGUGACAAAAGAAGUUGCAAUAUCGUUAAGAAAACUACUGUUUGGUGGAAGUACUUACAUUGGGAACCAGGAAUGGAUGAAGUCAGCCUUGGAGUUUCGUGAACCUGGCUCUGCGCUUGGUUAUGGACUUGUUUCUCUUAAAAACAAUCCGAGAGCUGUGAUUAUGUGUGUACAAGCCUACAUUUUGAAGCAUUUGUUAUUUAACAAAAAAGACUUCCCACAGGAGUCGUCACGGGACAAAGACCCUUUACGCCCAUAUAAAGACAGGCAGCAGCAAGCUUUGGGGCUUGCUUUAGCCGAUAUCAUCUGGAAAGCUGGAACAGAGAAUUCACGUUGUACAAUAUGUUUACCCGGAGAUCGGGCACACUUGGAGAGGGAGCUUAACUACACUCCGGAUGGAUUAACGGAAAAGAUAAAUUUGUUCGAAUUCCAGAGAAAAGAGGAUACGGUUUGUUUUCUCGUAAAACACGUACACUUGUUCCAGCAAGAAACAGGCAAUGGCGUGAUUGUACUUCUAUACAGUAUGAUUUUAUCCCGAGGUAUAGACAGGGUGCAAGAAGAUCUAAAUGGAGAAUACACUGAAUUAUUGACCCCUGUGUGCGAGGCUACUCAAGCUCUAAUCACAUUUUUGCUCGCAGGGAGGGCUACUCCUUACCUACAUAAUGGUGUGAUGCAUACAUUAGAUGAGGACAACGUGGCCGGUGUUAAAGAACAAGUUGGUCUGAUGUCUAGAGGAGAAAUUGGCGCUCUAAUAUGGAAUCGAAAUGAUGAAAGUUCCAAACAGUUAGGAAGUCGUCUAAAAACGCCAUCUUUUCCAAUAUGGGUUACACAAGCAGAGAAUAAAUAUGGCGUCCUUUUUCACACACGAAGAGACCUAACACGUGAUCACCGUGCGGAACAUCGUUUUGAUCUACACUACUACAAUGGUUGCCCAGCAAAUUACGAGCCAACAAUACUGACACUGGAUACCAGGUUCAACAAAGGCCAAGACGAGUAUCGGAUGCCUGUGUUAGAGAGAGUUCUGGUAUCAAAGUGGCAAGGGGCUCAAGUUAGCUGGAACGAAACCACACCCUACGUGUAAAACUUUUUAAUCUGUUACCAUGUUAGGCU